AUGCCGCACAGGGUCACGUCUUGUUUGUUAUUUUGGUUAUGCAUUUACUUCCUUGCCAUACUUUCUUUUUUCACGUCCGUUUCCGUGAGGGCCGCCAAAGCUCCUGUAGCACUGCCAUUCCCGGACUGGCGUGGUGGGAAUCAGACCUCAGGAGCCCUGGAGCUUCUCGCAAUUAGUGGGUGCGAACGACCUUCGCGACCCGGUAGAAGCCGAGAGACGUACCGAUGCUUUGCAGACGGAGACUCGAUGAGUCCGGUGACACUUACGAUUCGUGGACGAGGGUUUCCACAAGGUACGCCGCUGAGGGUUUUGCUGAAGGAACAUGCCCCAAUUCCUUUUCGCUGCAAGGAGGGAGAAAAUGAAUGCGACUUGAUUAUGAUGGAGUGCGUCAAUGUACGGCCGUCGAAAAUAUUUCCACAGCAGAUUUUGACAUGUGCACUCCCUAACCCUUUGGAGGUCCUUCAUCAUAAACCCAAGUGGAUGAAGCGACUCACACAAAACGCCAUGUGGAUGGAUUUGGAACUUCGGUUGAAGAAAGCAGGGAUGAAGAGUGGAUUAAACGUUCGAGGUAAGGAAGAAGUUACAAUUGGAGUCUUGAGUCGUUCCGUGCAAUUAUGUCUUGCGCAGGAGAAUGCGGACGUUGGAGUGAAGGAAAAUACUUUUCAGGAGAUGUCUGAAGACCCACUGGAGCUUCUUUUUCAGAACGAGGAUGAGUCGGUAGAUGUUCACAGUCAAUGGCUUUCGCUUGGCAUUGGCGGUUUGGGGAAUCAAUUGCACACAUUAUACCGUCGGGUGCUUCUUACUCGGCUUCCUUCUCUUCGUGGUGUGGUCAAGACGAUUAAACUGCCUCAUGUACGAGGGGUGAUACUACACGGCCCGCCCGGCAACGGAAAGACUCUUAUUGCUCGCACAAUUGCAAACUUACUUGAUGACAGGGCGAAGGUGACGAUAGUAAAUAGUGCUGACAUUCUCUCAAAGUACGUUGGGGACUCCGAAAAAAACUUGCGAGCCCUUUUCUUGAGUGCUGCUGAUGUAGACGAUAAUGGGAUGGGAGAGAGACGUGAUGGAACGAAAAACGUGUUGGAAGGGCAACUGCACACCAUUAUUAUUGAUGAGAUUGAGGCACUUUUUAGACGUCGUGGGGAGUCGGGCGAUGAGGGCUCUGCCAAGGCUGUAUACGAUGGGUUGACAAACCAACUGCUUACUCUCAUGGACGGCUUGGAGGGCGCAGCCAAUAUUCUUGUUAUUGGACUUACCAAUCAAUUGCACGUCCUGGACCGUGCGCUGCUUCGUCCUGGUCGAUUUGAGGUGGUGAUAGAAAUUCCUCUUCCUGACCGUGAGGGACGUAGAGACAUGCUAUUUAUUCAUACACGUGAGUUGCGUGAAAACCACCAGCUUUCACCAGAUGUGAAACUGGACCUCUUGGUGAGCCGCACCGAGGGUUUUUCGGGUGCCGAUAUUGCCGGACUUGUCAGAGCGGCCUCUAGCCAUGCAUUAAUACGGUAUCGCGAUUCUCUGGGUACAGCUUUGGCAGAAACCAGCCAUGAUGGUGACUCCGACGAGAAGGGCAAGGUGGCGGAAUUUCAAAUAUCUAAUGAAGAUUUUGAUCUUGCACUUCGGGACAUCUUGAAGAGCAAAUGGCAGACUACACCGGGGGAAAUGUUGGGCGAUGAAAUUAAUGAUCCUUACAAUGGGGCAGGUGUUCCACUGGUCGACUAUGACGGUUCUUUUAGUCGGAACAAGGAGGCGACGCGGCGGUUGCUGCGGAGUAUCCAUCAAAGUCGUCUUGUGGAUGCCGCUAUUGUAAUUAUUUACGGCCCACCCGGCUCAGGAAAGACUGUGCUUGCACGUGAACUGCUAAAACUUAGCGAAUUUGACAGUAAGACAUAUCUAACAGGCGGCGUGCUGCACAACCGUCCUCAUGGUAGUCCUUUGGAUGAAAUUCUGACUGCUUUGCGGAGUGCUCUUCACUCAAAUGGGGAUAUCGGUAUCGUUAUUGAGAAUGUUGAGAAUUACUUUCGAAACAAUGGUCCAAUGGAUGGGGUGACUUUAAAACUUGCUCUCCAGGAGUUCAGAACGGCUACCCAUUCACAUGUGCCUUCCCGUAUGCAUGGUGCCGAAAAAGGCACCUCUUCCUCCUUUAAGCGGUUGCUGAUUUUGACGACAUCGGAGAAGGAAGUCAUGUAUGAAUUAGUGGAUGGUAAUGAAUACGAUUUGCUGUUGUCGCUUCGUUUGAUACAACGCAAAGACCUUAUGCCGCUCUUGCAUCACUAUGCCGUGAUUUCUCCAGAAGUGGUAACUGCGGAGGAGGUGAUACGUGCCUAUCCACCAAGUUUAAGUUACCGUCAAUUUCUCAGAAUCACGGAUCUUGCUUUGUGGAGGGCACAUGAGGAUUAUUUGAGCGCCAACGCCGCUGAAAUUAACAAGGAAGAAACUUUUUACUCCAGAAUAGAUGCCCGUUUCCUUCAGGCUAGGCGUGGCUUAGGGGGAAACGGAAAUGCAAUUUCCCUCAAUAGCAAAGAACAUUUAGGAAAUUUUAGCGAAGCCGUUCGGAAUGUUGUGUCGGCGAUGGGUUUUGUGGACAAUUUCCACGAAUUGGUGUCGGUGGAUGACACCGUCGAGGGGGAUGAGAUUUCUUGGUAA